AUGGGCCUGAAAAGGCUUAGCAUUUGCUGUGGAGAAGCUUCUGGUGUAGAGGGUUUCUUGGCUUUUGCACCGGUUUCGACUGAUCGUAUUCCUUCCGAAUUGAGGAAACGAGUUGAGGCACUGCAUGUGAAUCAUCAAAUGCCGUACGUCCUUUCGCGUGUGGCAGCGUCAGCGGCUCUUUCAUUGUCACUGAAGGCUCCAUUUCUGUUUGUGGGUAGCAGAGAGGAGGCGCGAAAAUAUGGAGCCAAUCUCUCACUUUCUCAUGAAGAUGCAGUUGGUGGUGCAGUGGCAUGGUGUGAUAAUGUGCCUUUUGUUUUUGGUAUUGAUGUCGUUGAUGUAAAGCAGUUAGCUCGUGUUAGGCGACGAUUCCCACAUUUUGCCGCGCGUUGCAUGCCCUGUUGUCAGCCUAGUAUGUUGGACGCCGUUGAAUUGUUGAAGGUCCAGACGAUGUACGACGAUUGUAUCGAUCCUUCCGAUGUAGUUUUGGCACAACAUUGGGGUCUUCGCGAGUGUUGCGUCAAGCUUGUUGGUAUUUUGGGGCGCUCAUUCCCAUUUGACUGCUUUCGUGGGCCUAUCGCGAUGUUUCCUGAGCGUUUUGAAGCACACAUCGUGGGAAGUGGACGCGAGGCACUGCAUUCUGCUGGUCUCCAUUCGAAACUUUUUGUCACUUUUUGUCCGCAAGUUGUGCAGCUGCCAUCGGGGGAGCAGAGACCGUUUGUGAUAAUUGUGGCUGCUUGCCCUAAGUUACAUCAACACUGCCUCUGA